GAGAAUGAGCGGCGUUGCCUACAGGAAAAGAAAGCAGAAGCCAGAAGGAGACAACGCGAGGUGCAGUUGGCACUGAAGAGGAGAAGUUCUGGAGCAACUGAUUUGCAUCCUAGUUCUAUAUCUGGAAGUGAAAGUGAUAAUCUUAUGAUGGAUACCCUGCUCUGGGAUAUCCACAGUGGCUUUUCACAGAACAAGGUUGGUGAGAAGUUCAAAGUAAAAAAGAUAAAAAAUAAUAACUUGGAUCAUUCCUCAGACCUCAAUCAACUCAAAAGUCAAAACAGUAGCUUACCAUCGGAAGAAGAAUACAUGAGUUCUCCGAGAGUGAUUAGGCGCCGUAUUGGUUCUAUUACAUCAAUAACCAAUGGCCAGAAUAAUGUAGACAAUGGAGAAUUAUCUGAUGUUACUCCUACUGGCAGUCUUCGGAGGAGGAGAAGCCGCCUUUCCUCUGAAGAUCAAGAUGAUGAACUUAUAGACUACUUAAAACAUACAUCUGAGCUAGAGGCCAAAGACCGCAAAUCUUUGGGAAGUAUAGAUGGUGGAUCUUUAGAUAGAUCUUUACUUCGGAGAUCUGGAAGAAGGAGACGUCACGAUUUAUUGGCUGUUGAUUUCAAUGAAAGAGAACGUCCAGCAUCACCAAUUUCUCAGACUAUGGAAAGAACAAUGGCUGUAUCAGAAAACAAUACAGAAGUGAAAGCAAAGCAGUGUAAAAGGAAAAUUGAAGAAUGGUUACAAGAAAAUGAAAAAGAAGAGAAGAUUGGGAAGAAGCUGCAUGAUGUAAUGUUGUUUGAAAGAAGAAAACACCAAGAGCAAGAACAAAGGGAGUCAGACACUUUGCUUUAUGGUCCAAGAAAGGCUGAUGAAGGUAGCAGAUCUUCAAACCUAGGAACUCUUCAUGAAGCUAAGACUGAUUCUGAAAUAUACACCAGAAAGCUUAAAAAUGCAAUGGAGAAUACAGACAUAGAAAAAGUUAUGGAAACUGUAGAAAGUGUUCAAGUGAAAGAUAAAUCUAGAUGGAGAAAAAGUACCUUGAAUACAAUGUAA